GACAUACACUUACAGACACGCACACACACGCACAAAGCUCGCUCGCCUCGAGCGCACUAACGUGCCCGCUCUCUUUGUGUGGAGCCCUCGAGCGGGGUUGGGGCCCCGGUCCGGUCCGGGGGAGAUGGCGCAGCCCAUCCUGGGCCAUGGGAGCCUGCAGCCCGCCUCGGCCGCGGGCCUGGCGUCCCUGGAGCUCGACUCUUCGCUGGACCAGUACGUGCAGAUUCGCAUCUUCAAAAUCAUCGUGAUUGGGGACUCCAACGUGGGCAAGACCUGCCUGACCUUCCGCUUCUGCGGGGGGACCUUCCCGGACAAGACUGAGGCCACCAUUGGCGUGGACUUCAGGGAGAAGACCGUGGAAAUCGAGGGCGAGAAGAUCAAGGUGAUCCAGACGGUUCAAGUAUGGGACACAGCAGGUCAGGAACGCUUCCGCAAAAGCAUGGUUGAGCAUUACUACCGCAAUGUGCAUGCAGUGGUCUUUGUCUAUGACGUCACCAAGAUGACAUCCUUCACCAACCUCAAAAUGUGGAUCCAAGAAUGCAACGGGCAUGCUGUGCCCCCACUAGUCCCCAAAGUGCUUGUGGGCAACAAGUGUGACUUGAGGGAACAGAUCCAGGUGCCCUCCAACUUAGCCCUGAAAUUUGCCGAUGCACACAACAUGCUCUUGUUUGAGACUUCGGCCAAGGACCCCAAAGAGAGCCAGAACGUGGAGUCAAUUUUCAUGUGCCUGGCUUGCCGAUUAAAGGCUCAGAAAUCCCUGCUCUAUCGUGAUGCUGAGAGGCAGCAGGGGAAGGUGCAGAAACUGGAGUCCCCACAGGAAGCUAACAGCAAAGCUUCCUGUCCUUGUUGAAACCAAAUGGUGUAAAUACAAGAUCAAUUAUUACUGGAGUUUUUUCUUUCCCUUUUUUUUCCUGUGCCUGCAAAAAUGCUGACAUCUGCUUG